UUGCAUGAAUUAUGAUAUUUUGAUUUUCGUUGAUGAAGAGGAAGUGAUUGACUAAAAAUUGAAUUAAGUAUUUUUUUUUGCCGGUAUUGUAGAUAUAAAUAAUAUAGAUAUAAACAUUUCCUAUGUUAUAAGAACAAUACGUGGUCUACUACGUCGUUGGUGUACAGUCCAGUCGUUUCAGGAUUGUAACCUUUAAGUUACAUUUUGUGCAGUGUUUGUGUGUGAUAAAUAAAUAAGUCACAAUUUUCGAAAAAAAAAUGGAUUGGAAGAGUGUUGUAGACCAGUUCAAGAAAACUUGGCUUACUACAUUUCUUAGUCUUAUACUGUUCUUUGGAGUUACAUACUUCUUAAUUUGGGCUGAGAGUCAAACGAUUCAAAGUAAUCUGAUGCUAGAUGAGUUAAUGUCUCGUGUGGAAAGUAUUGAUGUACACACCAUUGAUGAUCCUGCACGUUACGAAGGUCGAGUUGUGCACAUUAUUGGUCCUCUUCGUAUAUUAGAACCUAUCUCAGAACCUGACUACAAUAUUCAAGUACAGGCUGUUAAAUUACGGAAGAGGGUACAAAUGUAUCAGUGGAUAGAAGAGACAACUGAUCAGCAAAACUUUUUAAGUGAACCAGGAGAUGAAUCACAAAAGACUUACUGGUAUCAUAAAGAUUGGAAGGAUUAUGUUGUAGACUCAUCACUAUUCUACAUAAGACCCGGGCAUCAAAAUCCUAAUUCAAUGCCAAUAUUCAGUGAAACACAUAUUGCAGAAAGUGUAAAAAUUGGGUGGUUAUACUUAAGCUUAGAUGUAAAACGUAAAGUGAAUGACUAUUACGAGAUAUGGUCUGACUCAAGACCGGAACGCAGUGAUAUCAAGUUGCACUCUGGCUUCUAUUACCAUGGAGUAAGUGCUCUGGAACAUGAGGUCGGAGAUCUUCGAAUACAUUUCUCUUACGCGGGACGUGAGGAUGAUAUCUAUACUGCGGUAGGUGUGGUAGAGUCUGGUUCUCUACAACCAUAUAGUCCUGUCAACUUCCCAUCAGCGGAUCCAAUAUCGCUUCUCCGCAAGGGCUCGUACACUCUGAAGUUUUUACAUGACUUGGAGAUACAAGAUGCCAACAUACAUACAUGGAAGUAUCGUUUGGUCGGCUUCAUACAAGUAUUCGCUUCAGCUAUGACUUUACAUCCGGAUUGGAUCACUCUGUUUCUUCAGUGCAAAUGGAUAUCUGGCGUUUUCCGACGCUGUUCACGGUUGUGGAUUAAUUUUGUGUUGUCUUUCUCCUAUACUUUAUUUGUUAUGUCAGUGCCUUGGUUGAUCCAUAGGCCAAUAUUCGGGGCAAUGGUGAUGGUAGGCGCAGCAUUGCCCCUGCUGCAUUACUCCACGCUGGUGAACCGGGACGAGAGGUUCAGGCAGGCGGGGUACGCGCACUGGCAUGAGCGCUGACCCACCCCCAUGCUGCUAGCGCCCCCUCUCGCUCUCACACUUGGGGAGUUGGUUAGCCUCUCCUUCAUGGCGAUCUUUUAUGCAGCCAUUUUAAUCGAGGAUGUUGCUAUUGAUCAGCUGUAGUGAUGUGAAAUCAGUGCCGUUGGAAAAGAACACGCCUAUUUGACUGAUGUUUUUGAUGUUUAUUAAAAUUGUUGUCAUUCUUAUAAUGUGAUGCCACGGAAGUUACAUUCAGAAAGUUGACGAAUUGAUAAUGAGGUGUAACAGUUUGAUGUAAUGUGAAAUCUUUACAGAUUGGAUUAUAGAAGAUGAUUUAUGGCCGAAUAUGAAAUAAUUUGUAUGGGAUUAUAGGAUUUAACAUCAGAAAAAAUGUUUAUUUCGAACAGUUGCUGUGUUAGACUUUGUAAUUCGUGUAUUGAUGUAAGUAACUAUGAAAAAUAAAACAACAGAACUCAUUGAAUUAGAUAAUAAAGAUGUACUUUAAGUGUCCCGCAUACUUGUAGAUAUGAACUGUAAUUUAUAUAAAUUAAGAUAA